AUGGAGCUGCUCAAAAUGGAAAAUCCAACGAUGGCGACCGCAGUGAAGAAAGCGUUAGCAUGCGAAGCAGCACAUGUAGGAGCAGAAAAAUUACAACGCAAGGAAAAUUCCGUAGCUCAAGGUGAAAAACAUAAGGGAUUAGAAAGUCAAGGAAUAAUCAUAGCGAUUGAGCACUCUGAGCGGGCUACUCCAAUAGUACCAGUGCUUAAACCAGAUGGCAGUAUACGUAUGUGUGCUGAUUUUAAAGUCACUUUAAACCCGCAAGUAAUCACGAUGCCGGUCGAAGAGAAGUCUCAGAUGUUGCUUACUAUUAACACACACAUGGGAUUAUUCAAAUACAAGUACAUGCCAUUUGGAAUAAGUUCAGCCCCGGAAAUUUUUCAAUUACGUAUGGAGGAAAUUUUAAAGGGAAUUCCCGGAGUAGCGAUAGUAGUAGACGAUGUGGUUGUGACGGGUAAAACUACAGAUAAGCAUUUGACAAAUUUAGAUAGAGUUUUAGGAAAAUUAAAUGAAUGUGGACUUAAAGUACGUGUGGAAAAAUGCAAAUUUUUUGAAGAUAAGAUUACGUAUUUAGGUUACGAAAUUAGCGGUAACGAAAUAAAAGUCGAUCCAUAUGAAUAUCAAGCGAUUAAUGAAAUGAGUAGACCUAAGGAUCAUGAAGAUUUACAAUUGCUUUUGGGUAAAAUUAAUUAUUAUGGAAGGUUAAUAAAUAAGCGUGCAGAAAAACUUGCAGCGUUAUACGAAUGUCAGGGAAAGGAAGAAUUUGUGUGGAACGAGGCAUGCGAAAAAGCAUUUGCAUUAAGCAAACCUUUUCUGCGCCAAAUUGCCCAGCAACAAAUGGCGCUGCAGAGAAUUUUGUCAAAACGUUUAAACAACUACGAAACCUUCAACAACAGGCGAAACACCUGCUAA